AUGGCCGACGUUAUUCCCAUUCUUCAGCCCGUGCAAUUCGCAAACUAUUCUAUCGCGGCGUCGCUCCCGCUUCUGAUAUACGAUUUUCUCCUCACAUUAGAGGACGAGGUUUCGUUGAUAUGGGGCUCGAAGCUCUCUUGGAUCAAGAUCCUUUACUUCAUGAAUAGAAUCGCCCCCUUCUCAGACGCUAUUCUUGGAUUAGCUCAGUUGUGGCUCGCGAUGAAUGGGUAA